AUGGCACCUAAGCAAAAGAUCAUUAUCGACUCCGACCCAGGUGUCGACGAUAUCCUGGCAAUGCUCUUGGCCUUCGCUGCUACGUCUGAAGAGAUCCAAGUCCUUCUGAUCUCUUUGACCUUUGGAAAUAUCGAUGUUCAGAAUUGUCUUCGUAACGCCGUCUCGCUGUUCCACCACAUUGAAAGGGAGAUUGAGUGGAGAAGCAAGAAUGGCAAGGACUUAGGUUUUGAGACAUUAAGAGCUUCGAAGCCUCUUGUUGCUGUUGGAGCUGAAGAACCUUUGGCAGAGCAGCGCAUGAUGGCCGACUUCUUCCGUAAGUGCUCCAAACGCNACCCGCAUCUCACCCCUCAAGAGACUUGGAAGAUGCUCUUCGACGCGGCUGAUGGAGCGCCUCUCUCGCCCGAAGGAACCACCACAUCUCAGCAAAUCCGCGAGGCUUCCAUGUUCAAGCCCUCUCAGCAACCUUCUCAUGAAGAGAUUCUGCGUCUGCUGAAGGAGAAUGAACCAGACACUAUUACCAUUGUUGCGAUUGGACCUUUGACCAACUUAGCCAUUGCCGCAGCUCAGGAUCCUGAGACGUUCUUGCGUGUGAAGGAAGUGGUCGUUAUGGGAAACACCAUUCAAAUGCCAGGAAAUGUACGCCAACCCCCUCCCCCUAUCUACCCACCCGCCUCAACCCCAGAGCCACCAUUCCGCCUGAUCAAGGCCCCACAAACACCUUUGCGCACAAGUCUAAACAUCCGUAACCAGGUAACACCGGUGGCCGAGUUCAACACGUAUGCAGACAGCAUUGCCACAGCCCGUGUGUAUGCGCUUACUUCGCCUACUCCAAACUCGACUAUUCCUCCUUCGCCUCCUGCACUGCCUGGAUCGCAGUCACUGCCUCACUUGGCGCCGUACCCAGCAAAACUGUCGAGACAGCUCAAGCUUACUGUGUUCCCUCUGGACAUCACGACACCUCAUAAGAUCACAAGGGGCCAGGUCAAACAGACGAUUCAGCCCUUGAUUGAGGCUGGGUCACCCUUGGCAGAGUGGACCGCAGCAUUCCUAAACUCGACGUUUGAUAAAGUUGAAUCGUUGAUGGAAGGUAUCAGUGGUGACUCUGUUGGACUCGAAUUGCAUGAUCCUCUGUGUAUCUGGUACGCGCUCACUCACGACGAUGCAGGAUGGAAGAUCAAGAAAGACGAGGAUAUUAGAAUCGAGACAACGGGUCAAUGGACACGGGGUAUGACGGUUGUUGAUAGACGUGGCAGGAAGAAGCGAUCCCCAGACGACGGCGAGGGUGAGAUCCCUGGUGAUGCAGGCAACUGGCUCAGCCCCAAUGCGGGCAACCGAGUCGGAAGAUGUGUACAGUCGCCCGGUGUCGACGCUUUUGCGCCGUACUUGCUACGCAGAAUCUUUGGCGCAUGA